UAGAUAGUCAUAUAGAAGAUCUAUACUAUAGAUAUAUAGAAGAUCUUCUUCAAAAGUUCAAUAACCGAUGUUGUGUUCUCGUACUUGUCGGUGUCCACUACACUGGAUAUAAUAUACUGGACAACACCGAUAACAGAUCAAAACAGAUAAACAACACUAGUGGUAGGUAUUGGCUAUUGUAAUUUGUAUAUUCAUUGGCUACAGAUAAACAACACUGUAGAGCAAAUCUCCAGCUGAUAUGUACAUGUAGUGAUGGUAUUCUCCUAUGUGGCUAGGACAUUUGCAGCUAGCCAAUCACGGCAAUCUAUUGCUGGAAGAAACUGUAUCCGCCGUAUAAAGAGAACAUUCUCAAGAACAGCUUUCACGAUGUGCAGUGAGGAAGAGAAGCCGCACGGCCACAAGAGGUUCGUCAUCGACGCAGACCCCGGCGUUGACGACACACAUGCGAUCAUGAUGGCGUUGGCUCACCCCAACGUUGAAGUUGCCGGUAUUACGAUUGUCGGAGGCAACUGCGACAUCGAUCAAAUCGUUCUCAAUGCCGUCAGAGUGUUGAAAACCUGCAAUAGGCUGGACAUUCCGGUGUACCGUGGCUCGGCCGUCUCGCUCUUGGGCGAGAUUCCUCAAAAGUCUGAAUACCACAUGCUCGACGGGCUAGGCGACGUGCCCCUCUUCAGGCGGAGAGCGAUGAGGAUCCGCCGGAUGUUGGUGUGGUGCAAUCAGAGCAUGCCGUGCAAGCCCUUGCUGCGACUCUCGCAGUGGUAUCGAGGAGACUUGACUCUCAUUGCACUGGGACCGCUCACCAAUAUUGCAAUGGCAAUAAGAUUGGAUGCAGAAUUUGGAAAGCGUCUGAAGCACUGCUACAUCAUGGGGGGAAAUACAGAAGGCCAAGGAAACAUCACAACAUCAGCUGAAUUCAACUUCCACCAUGAUCCCGAGGCGGCAAGCAUCGUUCUUAACGAGUUGCAAUGCCCAAUCACGCAGGUCGGCUGGGAAGUGACACUGCGAAACAUGAUAUCCUGGGACUGGUUUGACGAGGCAUGCAAGGCGGACACUCGCGAGGCGCGAUUCCUGCGACUCAUCCACGACAAGCCCGAAGCGUUUUGCAAGAAGCAGGAGUGGGGCUUCAUUCCGUGCGACCAGACGGCGAUGGCGGUCGCUCUGGACGACGGUGUUGCCACCGGCUGGCACAGCGAAUACGCCACGGUCGAGCUAAACGGUAAAUACACUAGAGGGCAGAUGGUGAUCGACUUCCGGAAAGUGUUGAAGCGGGAACACAACUGCAGAAUGGUGACAAAGAUUGACCUCGACCGCCUCCGCAGUUGCAUGGGGAUGGCCAUGAACCCAGGAUCCAACAAAAGUGGGAAAAGGAAGGCAAUGUAGUGCAAUCUGUGAAUUUCAUCAUGACCUCAACUGCCAUUUUGCUCAUGUAUAUUUUGUAUUUCACCUACACUAUACAAGUUUGUAUACUAAACUAACCUUAACCAAAUUGAUUUGAUAAUACAAUACAUCAGACUAGUCUUCCAGUCGGCAUCGAAAGCGGGUUGUUUGGCAUAUAAUUAAUAAUGAUGUAAAUUAAUGUGGAUAAAUAAAAAAUUAUGUGAAUUCAUUUCAAUUGCA